AUGAAAAGUAGUACAAAGCUACACAGCUUAUGUUCUGUGCUAAUGGCUUCCCUCUUUGCUUACUCCGCGUCUGUUCAAUUGAAUGACCCUGAUUGGUAUUUUUGGUUUCCUCUCUAUGCAUGUGCAUGUGUGGUUAAUAUGGUGAACUGGGCCAUCUCCUCCACAACAACAAUCAUGCAUGUUGCUCGAGUUUCAUUAUUGCUUGGACUAUUCUUGUUCAUCAAGGUUGUAAUAGAAGAUUUUGUGAAUGAAAUAGCUGGCUUCUGGUCUCUAAAUUUGAGUGAGAGAGUGGUUAGAGAAAAAAUUGGAAGUGGGUUAGUUGUCAUUUCCUUGAUUUUGCAGUUGGAAGCAUCAUUAGUCCCAGAGGACCCCAUGCGAAAAAAGAAAAGGGACUCCACAAAAUUUUUCGAUUAUGGGAUGGCAAUCUUGGUGGGCUUCAGUUUUGGACUCCCCUUUGUCUUCUUUGUGGUCCAACAAGGAGAAAUGAAGUUCUGA